GACUGCGGACCGCAGAGAUAUUUUUAGCAGCUGGAAUGUACACAGUGGCCCCAUGUCAAGCCAGCAAACAGGCACAGCAAGUUAACGGGACACCUCACAGAACCUCGCUCAUCACUACACACUCCGAAACCGACAGAAGUUAGCCGAAGAGACAUUCAGGACUGCAAGGUGGACAAUGAGUGGGCUUUUUUUGUGGCUGCGCUUUUUCUGAUUGCCGAAGACACAGACUUUCUGCCGGGAGCUUUUGGAUGUUAAUCCUACAAAGAGGAGAGAAUGACUCUCCAUCCCUUGUCAAAGACUCUGGAGGUGUUCCCAUUUAAAGACCCAGAGCUGUCUUCCCACAUGCUGUCCCAGCUAAACAGUCUGAGAAAUGAUGGAAUUUUGACUGACGUCCUUCUCUGCGCAGACAACACAGAGAUCCCCUGCCACCGAAAUGUCCUGGUGUCUUCCAGCCCGUACUUCAGGGCUAUGUUCUGCAGUAACUUUGUGGAGAGCACUCAGGGCCGGGUGAACCUGAAGGGCGUCUCUGCCAACGUGCUCCGGGGCAUCGUGGACUAUGUCUACACUGGAGCCAUCACCAUCAACAUGGACAUGGUUCUCCCUCUCAUGCAGGCUGCCUCUAUGCUGCACUAUGGACGGCUGUUCCAGGCAUGCUCCACCUUCCUGCAGGCGCAGCUAAGUCCAGACAAUUGUCUGAGUAUGAUCAGGCUGUCAGAGAUCCUCCACUGUGACAGCCUGAAGGAGAAGGCCAAGGAGAUGGCCGUUCGCAGCUUCUCGGAUGUGGCGGCCUCCGAGGAGUUCUGCGAGCUCUCCUUACCUGAGCUCAUGUGUUACCUGGAGGAUGACAGACUGUGCGCCGAGGAGGAGCAGGUUUUUGAGACCCUCCUGGCGUGGAUCCAUCACGACCCAUUCUCCCGUCGCGGCGCCAUCCACGACCUCUUCAAGAAGGUGCGCCUGCGAUACAUCCACCCCACCUACAUUUUCCAGUUCAUCGCCAAUGACCCGCUGGUCCAGUCCUCCAGCCUCUGCUCCGAGAUCAUCGACUCUGUCCGCCGCCUCAUGCUUUCCGUCAGUGCUAAGUGUGGCAGUGAGCUGAAGCCUCUGUGGACCACGCCGCGCCGCUACACCUGCCGGGAGUCCCUCGUGGUGGUCGGCGGGCGCAAGAACAACGAGCAGACGUCCCGCGAGGCACUGCUGUAUGACGAGCGGACUCAGCGCUGGCAGUGGCUGGCCAAGCUGCCCCUGCGACUCUACAAGGCAGCCUACGUCUGCAUCCACAGCAUCCUGUAUGUCGUGGGGGGACUCAGCCUCAACGUAGCGUCGGGGGAAGGCGCCGUCUCUGCCACUGUCUACACCCUCUCCCUAAAGACCAACCAGUGGAGGACCGCCAAGCCCAUGCUGGAGCCCCGCUACGCCCAUCAGAGUGUCUCCUACCUGCACUUCAUCUUUGUCCUCGGGGGCAUUGGAGUGGACAAGCAGAUCUCCACCUCGGUGGAGAGGUACAACAGCAUGUUCAACCGUUGGGAGGCCAUGUCGCCUCUCCCCACCGCUGUGCUGCACCCCGCCGUCGCCGCCAACGACCAGAGGGUCUAUGUGUUUGGAGGGGAGGACUCCAUGCAGAAUCCCGUCAGGGAGAUACAGGUGUAUCAUAUCUCCAGGAACCUGUGGUCGCGGCUAGAGACUCGGACGGUGAAGAACGUCUGUGCACCUGCGGCCGUCAUCGAUGACAAGAUCUACAUUAUUGGAGGAUACACCAGGCGGAUGAUUGCCUAUGACACCAAGGCCAACCGGUUUGUGAAGUGCGAGAACCUCAGGGAGCGCCGGAUGCACCACAGUGCCACCGUCAUCAACAACAAGCUGUACGUGACCGGCGGACGUUUCCUGAACGGCCACGACAUCAUUGAGGACUCUGACUGCUUCGAGUGCUACGACCCAAAGUCGGACGCAUGGAGCUCCAGGGGCUCCCUGCCCUAUAAGCUGUUCGACCAUGGCUCCCUCCCGCUGAUCUGCCUGUCCAACAGACCCAACACCCCCUGAGGGGUACGCAACAUCCUGUCACCCCGGCACCCCCUGAGAGGUACGCAACAUCCUCUCUUUUCCGGCACCCCCUGAGGGGUACGCAACAUCCUCUCAUCCCGGCACCCCCUGAGGGGUACGCAACAUCCUCUCAUCCCGGCACCCCCUGAGGGGUACGCAACAUCCUCUCAUCCCGGCACCCCCUGAGGGGUACGCAACAUCCUCUCAUCCCGGCACCCCCUGAGGGGUACGCAACAUCCUGUCACCCCGGCACCCCCUGAGGGGUACGCAACAUCCUCUCAUCCCGGCACCCCCUGAGGGGUACGCAACAUCCUCUCAUCCCGGCACCCCCUGAGGGGUACGCAACAUCCUCUCAUCCCGGCACCCCCUGAGGGGUACGCAACAUCCUGUCACCCCGGCACCCCCUGAGGGGUACGCAACAUCCUCUCAGCCUCAUCUGGUCUUCUGGAGUCAAUGGAAAUGAUCGCUACAACUCCCUGUCUGACCUCCAUUACAGAAGCCUUCUCUACCCCCUUUUUCCUCUUCCUCAUUCUUAUUCACUUCCUCCUUCUCCUCCUCCUCUGCCUCCUCUUCCUCCCCCUACUUUACUGACAGGCUCCUAGUCUAGCAAGUUGUACUCCUAGCCUGAAUGUCUCAUCUGGUUCCCCAGUCUUGUGUUGCACUCCUCCAAGGAACUGGAUUCUGACCUGUUUUAUAUAUAUAUCCAAAGAGUCAACAAAUGAAUGUGACAGGUGAAUUUAAUCGUUAAAGAGAGUAUACAAUUACUUACAAUAUCAAAGAUAGAAACCAUCUGGAGAUUAAUGUUUGCAGGAGCUAGGAUGCAUGCAGAGAAACUUGAGAGAAAGCCAGAAGAGUGUGUUUCUAAAACGAUAUCUCUGUUGAUUUGGCCAACAUGUUGAUUUGGUGGAAGUUUUACCACCCCUUAGUCCACUGCCUCAUCAGUGGACACAUUCCAAUCUAUACCUUCCUGGGUUGAGUCAGUUUAAAGCAUUUACCAAAUCUGAACAACUAAUGCAUUACAUUUGGACUAGAACACAGACACAGAGAACUGUGUGUAAAUAGAACAACAGCAACAAAGUGUUCAAUCCCAUCAUAUAAGGCUCACUAUCCCAUAGAAUACACAUCGAAAUGGAUAUAAUACAAAAUGAAGGCUCAUGGAAUGAGUAAAUAAACAUAGAACUGACAUUUUCAGUUCCUUCAGUAUGCACCUUAAAUCUCAGAAACAGAGCUCUGAUAGUGUUAGAGUUCCAUUUGAGAUGUAGACCAACACCCCACCACCUAACAAGUCCCCAAAACAAUCCCUGACAAGGGGACAUCUACGGUUUUAUUUAUGACAACAGCCUUGGUGUCCAUGGAAGUCAGAUUUCAACACCACAUACCAUUCCCUGGAAUAGAUAAUGAAUGUCGGCUCUUUGCCCUCUGACCUUCUGAGACUGCAGGUGGAUUCUGUUGGUUUCUGUAAGCUUUGGAAACUGUGACCCAUGUCAAAGGCUCCUCUGCUGAGGGCAGCUCCUGCCAGGGUCCACCCAAAGACCUGGUGAGCAUGUAAAUAAAUUAGAAUGAAUGUAAAUAGAGACUUUGUAGAACACAUUCCACCUGGAUGAGCGCCCGCUCCAAUCAGUAUUUACUCACAGUGGAUCAUUCAAGGCCAGUAUAACUGCACGGCUUGGCAGAAAGCCCAACUGAAAGGAUGCAGAUCGAAUCCUGAGCAGGCAAGCUGAACAGCCCCUCGUCCUAACCCAGUGCUAGACAGCUAAACCCAAUGCUCCCGAAUGUCACUCUGGACGGGAGUGUUUGGCUAAAUGAUUAAAAUGUAAUGUACAUACUGCAUUUACGUAUUCUACUGUAUAAUAAUAUGCACCCCAACAGAACAUCGCCAAAAAGGCAGAAGUCUGCCUUUUAUUUUUGCCGUGGAGGAAACACGUCACUCAGAAAUCCUGAAUUACCCUCCACUCACUGCUGGCCACACCAUCGACUUCCUGGCUGGUAUGAGGUGCAGCUGGCUCAGACGUUGUCAGCGGACUGGUCCAACGUUCCUGCAUGGCAGCGGUUCCAAGAUCCACUCCCCCGGCAAGACGUUGCGGCAGAAGCCGACGUAAUUGAUGCAAAUGAUCUGGUUCUGGUUCUGUCGUGUUGACUGUGAAGGAUGAGGAUGGUCCGGUUCACUGCUGCUGCCUGCGGUCGCGUCCAGACAUCGAUGCCCUUGGAGACCAGGCACGGCUCCUGUCUGAUGGUGAUGCAACAGUACACUACUCCGCCAGUGGCAUUUCGAAUCGGGGGACAACAUUAUAGUCUACGUCUUUGCAGAGCUUCUCACUUUAUUAGACUUUAUUCUCUCCAGGGAUUUUUAUGAUUUUUUUGGACAGGAGAGGGUUUUUGCUUCAAGAGCAGUAGGUUGCAUGCUGAAGGCAACAGCUUAAACUGUGGAACCACCCCCCCACCCCCCCACCCCCCCUCGGGCCACAGAGCCAUGUACAAGAACUGAAACCAAAAUAACUUCAAGUGCUAAGGAGUAGAGCCAAUCAUAUUUUGACUCUGUAACAUAUGAUAGUAAAAUAAAAUGGUCCUUUGUAACCAAUAUGAUUUGA